CCAUCAUCUCCUCUGUCUUCUCUCCUACCCAUUAAUCUCUGUCUCCCUCUCUCUCUCUCCAAAACGUCCUUCUCUCUCUAAAAGUCUAGGGUUUUUGGUCUAUCCCUUCGAAGGAUUCCCUUUUCCAGUGGGGGGGAAUUAAAAAACUUGACCUCCUGUUCAUGGGCUGUUUUGCCAAUUCUUGACACAAUUCAGAGAACAAUUCUCAGUUUGGAAUGGAGGUCCCAGGGAUGGAUGAGAUCAAUAAGACUGAAAGUCAUUUGACAUCAGCUGCAGCUUUUGUGGAGGGGGGAAUUCAAGAAUCCUGUGAUGAUGCUUGCAGUAUAUGCCUGGAGGCCUUCAUUGAGAGUGACCCUUCAACAGUGACUACUUGCAAGCAUGAGUUCCACCUUCAGUGCAUUCUUGAAUGGUAUGGUCUCACAUCUUUUCUGUUGUCAGUUUGCUAUUGUGCUUCACACUUGCUAAUUUUGCAUUUCCUGGGCUAUCAACUGAUGUAUAGUUUCCUAUUCUCCUCAACUUGUGUCGUGCCUUCUGUCUUACAAUAAGGUUAGAUGUGAUCCAGAAACACCAAACCUUAUCAAUUUGCAUUUUAGAAUGCACAGUCUGAAACAUGGUACACUUUCGUUCCAAAACAGAGAAUUUAGCGAUCGCAAGUGAUUCCAAAAUUUUCCCUGUAUAAUUCUUUAAAAUUUCCUAUAGGAUGAAACAAAUAAAAAAUAAUGAACUAAAAUUUAGAAAGAAUAAUGUUUUUGCAAGACCAAAUAUAAAAUAAAUGGGCCAUAAUGCUUCUAGAAUUGUGUUUUUACAUGACUAAUUUGUAACUUUAUUUUAUUGAAUGUCUAACAAUUAAUAUAUAAUUGUUGUUAUAUGUAGUAGUCUCUUAAAUUCUGGUAUUGUGAUUUAUACAAUUCUACCCCCAUUGUACCACAUUUUAGAGCAUUUGAUGUACCAUGUUUUUGUUCCCGUUCCUUGUACUUGAAUGAUCUGCGUUCCAAGUAACAUAGGGUUAGAUUAUUUUGGAGGGAAUAGGAUCGACAUUGUUCUGCUAUUUCUCCUGUUUUUGAAAGGAUAUGUUGUGAUUAAUUGAAAAAUAUGUGAAAGAUAUAAAAAUACUUUGUAAUUCUAUUUUUCUAUAAAUUAAUUUCCAAUUUAAGGUGUUUGAUUGUUUAGUUAAUAACUUUCGUCAGGAAUAUUCUUGGUACAAUUCUUGGUCAAACCUUGAAUUUUUCACCUUCUUGGAAGGGAGAAAAGAAACUUCUAUAAUAAAAUAGAAAAUCUAGCGAUUUAAAUAGUUGGGGGAGCGCAUGUAAAAUUUGAAUGGUACCCAUUUGAAAUGUAGCUUGUAAAAUACUCUCAGCCAUGGCAUUUUUCAUUUAAAAGUGAAUGGACCUGAUGGAGUCUCCUGUUGCUCAGCCAUCGGCAUUUUUUAUUUACCAUGUGUAAUCAAGGGCGGUGGACCUACAUGGUUGGGAGUGUUGAAUUGGACCCAGUCAACCCUUUAGAAUGGUAAUAAUAAUAAUAGUAAAACAAAACUGAUCGGUCAAUGUGAAGAGGGAAAAGAAAGUUACUUGAGACU